AUUCUGUGAGAGAGUGGAGUGAAACACGUAAGGGAGUGUUGUGAGGUCCUUUUUAUUCUUCUGUUUCAAACAUUUGUUGCAGGUUUCAAUCAUGUCAAGCGGUGAUGACAAAUCAACCACUAGAGGCCACCAUGUGGAUGAAUCCUUCAUGCUCAAAGCAAUGCAACAACAAUUUCAGAGGCUGGACAUCAUGUUUGGCGAGAUUAAAGACAAAAUGGAGAAGCAAGAUGCAGCGAUAGCCAAGUUAUACCAAACACAAAAUGGAAGUCUGAAUUUGCGUAGGAAUGAUGCUAAUGAUGAUUUCGAUGACGAUUAUAAAGAUACAUUCAACAAUGACACCCAGAACUCAAAUUUCAGCAUGGACAGAUUUAUGAGAGGUAGAGGGGGUCAAAGAUAUAGAUUUAACAAAGGAGACCAAAAUCUGGCAAGGUGGGGAGAUCGGCAAGAUCAUGACUUAGGCAGCAUCAAGAUGAAGAUUCCUCCAUUUCAAGGCAAAAAUGAUCCAGAUGUGUAUUUGGAGUGGGAAAAGAAGGUGGAAUAUGCCGUUGAUGGAGAACUACUUGUCACUAGGCGAGCUUUGAAUAUGCAAGCCAAAGAAGAUGAUGAAGUACAACAUGACAAUAUAUUUCACGCAAGGUGCUGUCAAAAACAAGGUAUGUAGUGUGAUUAUUGAUGGUCGUAGUUGUACUAAUGUAGCUAGCACUGUUUUAGUGGAAAAGCUUAAUUUACCUAUGACGAAGCAUCCAAGGCCAUUUAAGCUGCAAUGGUUAAAUGAUUGUGGAGAAAUCAAGGUAAAUAAGCAAGUUCUGGUUUC